ACAAAAAACCCCGUUUUCUUCUUCGGAUUCCUCUUCUAUAUAUAGACAAUAUAAUCCAUCACUUUCCUUGUGAAAAUUCACUUUUGGAGAAAUUUUUCUCUCUUCUGUUGACUGUGUAAAGAAAAGAAAAGAAAUUAGGGUAGAAAAAUUCUUGCAAUGGCGGUGGUUUCUCAGAGUAGUAGUAGUGUAGUAAUACCAGGAGCAUCGUUGUAUGUAGGAGAUCUUCAUGUUGAUGUUACAGAAGAUGAAUUGUAUGCUGCUUUUAAUGUCAUUGAUGAUCUUGUUUCUGUUCGUGUUUGUAAAGAUUCUGUCUCUUCGGUGUCGCUUGGUUAUGGUUAUGUCAACUACAUCUCUACUGAUAGUGCAAAUCUUGCAAUAGAGAAGCUUAAUCACACUCCAUUGAGAGGCCAAAUGAUACGAGUUAUGUGGUCACGUCGUGAUUCAGAUGCAAGGAACAGUGGAAUUGCAAAUCUAUUUGUUAAGAAUCUGAGUGUUUCAAUUGAUAAUGCAAAGCUUCAUGAGAUGUUUUCCAAGUAUGGGAAUAUUUUGUCUUGUAAAGUUGCAAUGACUGAGGAAGGGAAGAGCAAAGGAUAUGGAUUUGUUCAGUAUGAAACUGAGGAUUCUGCGACGGCCGCUACUAACAGUGUUAAUGGAUCUACUGUUGAGGGCAAGCAAAUAUAUGUUGGUCCUUUCGUGAAAAAGAGUGAGCGACCCUCUAGCAACUCUGAUUCUAGCUUUACCAAUUUGUACGUAAAAAAUCUGGACUUGGAUGUUACGGAAGAGCUUCUUACAGAGAAGUUCUCCAAGUAUGGUAAAAUUACCCACUUGGUUAUCAUGAAAGACGGCAAUUCAAAAUCCAAGGGAUUUGGUUUUGUGAACUUUGAUAGUCCUGAUGAAGCGAAAAAGGCAAUGGAGGCCACUAACGGGAUGCAAAUUGGGUCCAAGGUUUUGUAUGUCGGGAGGGCCCAAAAGAAAGCAGAGCGCGAAAAAAUAUUGCAUGAUCAGUUUGAACGCCGAAAGGAACUCCAGAAAUUUAAGGGUUCAAAUGUGUAUGUUAAGAACAUUGAUGAUAGUGUUAAUGAUGACGAACUGAGGAGUAUAUUCACUAAGUGUGGCACAAUCACCUCCGCAAAGAUAAUGCUUGAUGAGAAAGGAAUAAGUAAGGGGUUUGGAUUUGUAUGCUUCACCACUAUCGAAGCAGCUUAUCAAGCAGUGAACGGCCUACAUGGUUACAUGCUUCAUAGGAAGCCUUUGUAUGUAGCUUUUGCCCAAAAGAAAGAGGAAAGACGUACACAAUUGCAGAUUGAGUUUUCUCAGGGAAUUGCAGGCUUGGCAGUUCCAACCUCUGCUGCUGUCAUCCCAGCUAGAUAUCCUCCUCUUUACUACACCUUGCCUCCUAAUAUGGUUCCAUCACAGGGGCUUAUGCAUCAACCUUUGGUUCUGACACCUGAAUGGGGGACCAGUAGAUUUCUGCCUCCUGCUAGACCAAAUUUCCAUUCAGUGCCCCGACCCAUGAUACCUGAUAGUUCUAGGCAAAACAAGAAAAAAUGGGGGAGAAUGAAUGCGCAUAUGGUUGCUCAAACAGGUGGUCAAUCAGUGUCAUUUAUGCCACACAUUCCACAAUCUACCCCUCGGCCAGCGAUUACAGUGAAAGAUCCAAACAAUCAGCAGAUCAAGUACAUGAUGAAUGUACAGAAGAUGGGCGAGAUGAAAAAUGGACCUCAGCGAGUCUCAUCUAUUGCUGGUCUUAAAUCUGUUGGAGGAGUUGCUGCGACAUCUCAACCCCUUGAAGGAUUAAAGACAUUGAGCACCAUGCUAGCUGCUGCUUCUCCUCAGCACCAGAAACAGAUGCUUGGUGAAUGUCUCUACCCACUUGUCUUUAAACUCCAGCGUGAACUUGCAGCAAAGAUAACUGGGAUGCUUUUGGAGAUGGAUAACUCGGAGUUGCUUCUUUUAUUGGAGUCACCAGCAUCGUUGGUCAUCAAAGUGGAGGAAGCAGUGCAGAUUCUUAAGAGCUCCAAGACAACAAGAUCCUCUGGUGCUGGGCAGGAGUCCCUCCAUCCCAAUUACAUGUCAGCAGCCCAGGUUGCAGUCAACUAACUCGUACAAUCUUGUGCCUGGAGUCUCUAUCUCUAUCUCUUUUUCCAAGUUGAGGUUGUGGUUUGACAACCAGGUUUAUUAAAGUUUCUGGCUAGGUAGCAUUUAGCUAACCGUACUUCUUGACUAUACUUCGGUCUUUGAGCUUGGUUUUAGGCUAUAGUGUAAGAACUUCUAUUAAGUUUGAAGAACAUCCAUUGAUCCUUUUUGCUGUCUUAUAGUUUUAAUUGCUGAGUUUCACUGAAUUAGUGUUGUGGGUACUUCAAAUGGUGAACUGGUAUCGAACACCUUGGUGAAGACAGAUAAAAGUAACCAUUUCUUUGGUCA